UGGCUACAGGUAGGAAUGACGCUCAGUGUUGCAUCUCGGUGGAAUGAGUCUGUCUAGCUGAAUGUACUCCCGUGCCUAGGAUAAGGCCAUGUGAAGGGAGCGCACAUGGAACCCGGCACUUACCCCGGAAGGUGCGCACAGGCUUCUUCCCACCUGUCUGACCUGUGAAAGAAUGUAUAGGUCCUACAUCGGCCUCAUCCAUCACUCAGAUGAAAUAAAUCUUCGAUUCCAGGUCCAGAUGGAAGUUUUUUAACUUCAUUAUUAAAAACUUUUUUCAUUAUUAAUUUUUUAUGCUGCUGAGUUCUUCCGGCAUUCUUUUUGUCUUGUUGAGAACGGUUAGAAAUGUAUAAAAUAAUGUUAUAAUUAUUCAAAUAAGUUUUCUACCGCGGAAGACUUGGCUGCCCGCGACUCCCCCUGGCGGCCGGCGGUCUCGCCUGGCGUGCUCUCAAUAAAGUUCGGUUGUUGAAAGUCGUGACGGCAUUCAGUGGGGACGCUACACGUGGAGACGAUGGAAGCGGUAGAUAGGGAGCAGGUACGCAAGGCUAUUAACGCAUUGAAGGAGUAUGUGAAAAAAAGCAAAAGUGACACAAAGCUAUUUCUGAAUGAAGAUGAGACUAUACAGCUAAAUGUCACAGUUUGGAAGAUUCCAAAGCGGGAGCAAACAAUAAAAAUAAUUUUGCCUCAUAAAAUUCGAUUGGAAUCAAAGGAAAUUUGCCUCUUCACCAAAGAUGAACCAAACAUGAAUGCUGAUCAGACUCAAAAAUUCUAUAGAAACCUUCUUGAUAAGCAUGGAUUUAAGAAUAUUACAGAGAUCAUUCCAUAUAAGAUUCUGAAGACUGAGUACAAAUCAUUUGAAGCAAAGCGUCGCUUAUUGAGCAGAUUUGAUCUGUUCCUGGCUGAUGAUCGAAUCAGACGACUUUUACCUUCUCAUGUGGGGAAACAUUUUUACAAGUCUAAAAAAGUACCUCUGUCAGUAAAACUGUCUUCAAAGAAUUUUGCAAAGGAACUGAAUAAGAAAAUCCAGGGUACAAUCCUUCCAAUCAACAACAAGGGCAGCUGUUAUGCUUCUCAGGUAGCUCACACUGGGAUGAAGUUGGAGGAAAUAGUGGAAAAUGUAACUGCUGCUGUCCACACUAUUGAAGCAAAGUUGCCCCAGCGAUGGAAAAAUGUGAAAGUUCUUCACCUGAAAACCUCCAAUUCUCCUGCACUUCCUAUAUAUACAUCAAAUAUGUAUAACCUUAAGGAACUUCAGAAGAAGAAUCCCAAGAAGCAAAAGAAAACAGGUAAGCAGAAGAAAACAAAAGCUGGGAAUUCUGAAGUUCCAGCUGACCUGGCAUCAUCUGAGGUUACCAGUGUCCUUGAAACAGUGGAAGAAAUUGCAGAAAGCGCGAAGCCUUCUGUUGCUCAGAAACAUUGCGCGGAUGAAGAAAUACCGCAGCUGGUUCCGAUUGAAGAGCAAACCCCUGCAAAGAAAGCAAGAUUGCAAAAAUUGCAAGGAGAAAGCCACAGCACACCAAAAGCAGUUGAUGAAAACGAGACCCCAGUUGGCAAGAAAUCAACGCAAAUGAAGGGCAAAAAACCGCAGAAAACACCUAACAAAAAUCCAGAGAGUCUACAAUUGCAUACUCCGGGGAGAAAAGAGAAAGGCCUUGUGACACCAAAACGAGAAGUGAAGAAAAAAGAUUCCUCUUUGGAGAAAAGUAUUCAUAAGAAAACAGCUAAAAAGCAUGAGAGGAAGUCGGUAGGAAUCCCAAAAACAAUGAACACACCCAAACAGAAACAAAAGCAGAAGAUUCCACAGUCUGUAUGAAUAUUAUCUAUGUAUUUUGAGUAGGGGAAUUUGCUUUUAUUCAAAAACUGUCAAUAAAUUCUUCACCACAAGUGGCCUGUGUGUGUGGGGGGGGGGGUGGAGCAUUGUUUAUUAUAAUUGUAUAAAUGCACAUGACGGAGUUUAAUAAUGUAAAUGAAAUCUUUCGUUGAUCACUUUGGUAACUGUAUAAAACAUCUUUAGUCAUCUGUGCAUCUUUCAUGGGAGUAAAGAAUUCAAAGUUUUACAGUAAAUUGAAAGGGCACAUAGUCAUUAUAGUAAUCAGAAAUAUAAUUUGAGGUUUAUGGAACGUUUUAAUUUCUCUACCAAAUGUAUAAUUGGUCUCCUCAUCACACCAUAUUUUCUCUGCCAUUUUCUAACCAGAGCAAAUUAACUUGGUAUGUUCUGGUGUCAUGCUGUGGAUGUUGAUUGAAUGUCUUUACUUUGACAGAGGCAAAAUGGAGGACAUUGUUGCUCCAUAGAAGAGCAAUAUAGCUGUCUUGCUGAUGAUUCAGUAAAGACAGGUAUCCAUUAUAUAGGAAUAACUGUGUAAAUGAAACAGUUAUGGAAUUCAUGCAUUGACAAGUGAAUGACCAAAAUGGCCAUUUGUUGUUUAAAUUUUGAUAUGGACUAACGUAUUUUGUUGAAAUUGUGUAAAGACAUUUUUUCAUUUUGUGUUUGAGGUGAAUCGGGCAAGGCAGAUCGUUAACUUUUAAAGACGCUUCAGUGUAAUGGGGAAAUCCAUUGCAAGAAUUCUAUUCAACUUCUAAUGUACGGGAAUUUAAUUCAGUACUAUUUAAUAUAUACCCAUAUUUGUGUUGAAUUUGGCUCGUUCUCAUUUGUUGUUACCUUGUGUGGAACGUUUGUCAUGAGAACUGUCAAUUGAAAUAUAAACUCAUGUCAGAACUUUGUGUAUUAAUAGUAUAUUAAACUUCCAGAAACCAAAUAAAACCUUUCUUUUAAAUUGUGCUUUGUACUUCA